ACUGACUGACUGACUGAGUGAGCGUUUCUAAAGUUUGACCGGUUUAUUCUUUCGUGCUGCACGUUUGAGUGUUGACCAAACAACCAACAGACAGACCUGAGGACACAGAGGACACAGGGACACACAGAGACACACAGAGGGGAGUCCGGGCUCCAGGAGGAGAAGACACCAAACUUUUUUUAAAGGACUCUUGUUGUCUCUCCUGGAGCACUAACCCAUGAAACAAAGAGUAAAUUUACUACAGUAGCUCCACUGACUGACUGACUGACUGACUGUCUGUCUGUCCUCCAUCCUGCAGACGAUCAGGAGGAACACCAUGGACUAAAAGUCUCGGAUCUGCUUCCUUUUUGUUUGUGCGUGGACUCACACUAACAACACAUGAGUGGGACUGACCGGACGCGCGGUUUCCAUACAGUAAAUCCUCGGGGAUUAAAAUAACGAGGGCGAUGGAUAAUUUCUUCACAGAGGGUGAGCGUGUGUGGCUACGGGAGGAUGAGCAGUACCUGCCCAGCACCGUGUCCUCGUGCUCUGGAGGUGUUGUUGUGUUUGCCACAGACUACGGACAGGUUUACACCUACAAGCAGAAUGCUCUCAGCAGACAGAAGGUGCAGCCGAUGCACCACAGCAGCAUCAGAGGAGUGGAGGACAUGGCCACCCUCGAGGAUCUGCACGACGGCGCCAUCAUGCACAACCUCUUCCUGCGUUACCAGCAGAGACACAUAUAUACGUACAUCGGCUCCAUCCUGGCGGCGGUGAACCCGUACCAGCCGAUCGCCGGCCUGUAUGACCGGCCCGCCGUGGAGCUGUACAGCCGCCACCACCUCGGUGAAAUCUCCCCACAUAUCUUUGCCAUCGCCAAUGAGUGCUACCGCUCUCUGUGGAAGAGGCUGCGGAACCAGUGUGUCCUCAUCAGUGGAGAGAGCGGCGCGGGGAAAACAGAAAGCACCAAACUGAUCCUGAAGUUUCUGUCAGCCAUGAGCCAGCACUCCCUGGAGGUCUCGUCCAGAGACGGGACGUCCCAUGUGGAGGAGGCGCUUCUGGAGAGCAGUCCCAUCAUGGAGGCCUUCGGAAACUCCAAGACCGUCUACAACAACAACUCCAGCCGCUUCGGGAAGUUUGUCCAGCUGCAUUUCAGCCAGAAGGGCAAUAUCCAGGGAGGCCGAAUCAUUGACUACCUCUUAGAAAAGAAUCGAGUGGUCCGGCAGAACCCAGGGGAGAGAAACUACCACAUUUUCUACGCCCUGUUAGCAGGAACCAACACCCAGCAGAGAGAGGCGUUCGGCUUGACGCAGCCUGACAGCUACCAUUACCUGAGACAGUCAAGCAGCUGCCUCCCCGACAGCACAAUCAACGACAACAGCACUUUCCAAGAAGUUCUGAAUGCCAUGCGGACGAUGCAGUUCACUGAGGAGAGCAUCAGCGAGAUCCUGCGCCUCCUGGCCGGGAUCCUCCACGCAGGGAACAUCGAGUUCAUGACGGCCGGAGGAGCACAAGUCUCCUCCAAGUCAGCAGCUCUCAGCAGGACGUCUGACCUGCUCGGGCUGAACCCAGAUCAGCUGGCUGAGGUCCUGACUCACCGCUCCAUGAUCCUCAGGGGGGAGGAGAUCUCCACACCGCUCACUGUGGAGCAGGCAGUCGACUCCAGAGACUCCAUGGCGAUGGCACUUUAUUCUCGUUGUUUCAACUGGAUCAUCCGCAAACUCAAUGACCGCAUCAGGGGCAAAGAAGACUUCAAGUCCAUCAGCAUCCUGGACAUCUUUGGGUUUGAAAACUUCGAGGUCAACCGCUUUGAGCAGUUCAACAUCAACUAUGCAAAUGAGAAGCUUCAGGAAUAUUUUAACAAGCACAUUUUCUCCCUGGAGCAACUUGAAUACAACAAGGAAGGCCUAGUCUGGGUCGACAUCAACUGGAUGGACAACGGAGAGUGUCUGGAUCUGAUCGAGAAGAAACUGGGUCUCCUGGCACUGAUGAAUGAGGAGAGUCACUUCCCCAAAGCCACAGACAGCACCUUGCUGGAGAAACUCCACAGCCAGCACUCAAAAAACACUUUCUAUGUGAAGCCACGUGUUGCUGUGCACAACUUUGGUGUCAGGCACUAUGCAGGAGAGGUGGUGUACGAUGUGAGGGGGAUGCUGGAGAAGAACAGAGACACUUUCAGAGACGACAUCCUCAACCUGCUGAGGGAGAGCAGGUUGGACUUUGUCUACGAUCUGUUUGAACACGUAUUGAGCCGAAACAAGCAGGACACUCUGAAGAGCAGCUCCAAGCACAGACGGCCCACCGUCAGCUCACAGUUUAAGGAUUCUUUACACUCCCUGAUGGCCACUCUCAGCACUUCCAACCCGUUUUUUAUUCGAUGCAUCAAACCAAAUACACACAAGAUGCCUGACCAGUUCGACCAGACGUUGGUUCUGAACCAGCUCAGAUAUUCUGGCAUGUUGGAGACGGUGAAGAUUCGACGCACUGGCUUCCCAAUCCGGAGACCUUUCCAGGAAUUCUGCUCCAGGUACAAGGUGUUGAUGCGGGGCUCGAUGAUGGCGGAUGACCCCCGGGGGAGCUGCAUCCAGCUGCUGCAUCUCUACGACAGCAGCAGUGCAGAGUGGCAGCUGGGAAAGACCAAGGUGUUCCUCCGGGAGUCUUUGGAGCACCGGCUGGAGAAGCAGAGGGAGAUGGAGGUGCUGAGAGCAGCCAUGAUCAUCCAGGCUCACGUCAUGGGCUACAUGGCCAGGAAGCAGUAUAGGAAGCUGUUGCAGUGCAUCGUGGUCAUUCAGAAGAAUUAUCGGGCUUUCUACUGGAGGAGGAAGUUCCUGCUCCUCCGCUGGGCGGCGCUCACCUUCCAGAAACGUGUGCGAGGCCAGCUGGCCCGCCGGGCCUACGGUCAGCUGCUGGAGGAGAGGAAGAGGAGGGAGGAGGAGGAGUGCUGCAGGAGGAUGGAGGAGGAGAUAGAGAGGGAGAAACAGAGGCUGGAGGCUGACAGGCUCGCCAGAGAGGCUGAGGAAGCCAGAAGACAGGAGGAACUGCAUAUGGCGGAGGAGCUGGCCUGUCUGGCUCUGCCUCCUCCUCAGCCCGCAGCAUCAGCAGACCCUCAGGAGGAGCUGGAGUCAGCUGAGGCCCUGGAGGAGCCGUCUGAACAGGAGGAGGAAAUCCGUCCUCACGAGGCCUCUCAGGUGGAGGAGAUCCUGCGUCUGGAGCGGGAGAUCCAGUCUCUGCAGAGGCAGAAGGAGCGUCAGGAGCUCUCCCUGACGGAGGCCUCCCUCAACCGCCUGCAGCUUCUCCGGGACCAGGAGCUCCGGCGCCUGGAGGACGAAGCCUGCAAGGCGGCGCAGCAGUUCCUCGACUCGCUGAACUUCGACGAGAUCGACGAGUGCGUGAGGAACAUCGAGAGCUCGUUGGGGGUCGGUGAAGGGGAGGAGAAGGAGAAAGAGAGCGUGAGGAGGAGAGGAAACGAUGAAGAGGAGGUUGAUGAAGGCUUCGGAGCUGAUGAUGAGGCCUUUAAAGACUCACCCAACCCAAGCGAGCACGGCCACUCAGACGGCCAGCGGACCAGCGGGAUCCGAACCAGUGACGACUCGUCUGAAGAAGACCCGUACGCCAACGAUGGCGUGACUCCACCUCUUCCUCCACCCACCCUGCUGCACCAGCCGCUGCCUUUACCACCGCUGCCCCCCGCCUGCCACAGCGCCUCCUCCAGCGGGGACUCGGCCUACUGCCACCCCCAGGCUUCUUCCGAGGCCCAGUCCGACGACCUGGUGGAGCUCAUCCCGCCGGACGAGGACUCGGACUACGACCAGGAUGACUACGAUGAGGGCGCCAUUGUGUCCAGCGGCAGCGUGGCCUUCUCCAACCCUCGCAGCGGCCAGUGGUCUCCUGACUACCGGGGCUCCGUGGGGACCUACAACAGCUCGGGGGCCUACCGCUUCAGCUCGGAGGGCGCUCAGUCAUCGUUUGAGGACAGCGAGGACGACUUUGACAGGUUUGACACUGAUGACGAGCUGUCGUAUCGACGGGACUCCGUCUACAGCUGCGUCACACUGCCGUACUUCCACAGCUUCCUCUUCAUCAAAGGUGGUCUCAUGAACACAUGGAAGCGACGCUGGUGCGUGCUGAAAGACGAGACCUUCCUGUGGUUUCGGGCCAAGCAGGAGGCUCUGAAGCAGGGCUGGCUCUACAAGAAGGGGGGAGGCUCGUCCACGCUGUCCCGCCGCAACUGGAAGCGCCGCUGGUUUGUGCUGCGGCAGAGCAAGCUCAUGUACUUUGAAAACGACGGGGAGGACAAGAUGAAGGGCGUGCUGGACAUGCACGAUGCCAAAGAAAUCAUUGAUUACACUGGUAAGGAGAACGGAAUCGACAUUGUGAUGCCAGAGAGGACCUACCACCUGAUUGCUGAGUCUGCAGAGGAUGCCAGCCAGUGGUUCAGCGUGCUGAGUCAGGUUCACGGCUCUACAGAACAGGAGAUCAGAGAGAUGCACGAUGAGCAGGCCAACCCUCAGAAUGCUGUGGGCACAUUGGAUGUGGGGAUGAUCGAUUCGGUUUGUGCUUCAGAUAAUCCAGAGAGGCCGAACUCCUUCGUCAUGAUCACAGCAAACCGUGUGCUGCACUGCAAUGCUGACACACCUGAGGAGAUGCACCACUGGAUCACUCUGCUGCAGCGCUCCAAGGGAGACACCCGCGUCGAUGGCCAGGAGUUUAUCAUCCGAGGCUGGUUGCACAAAGAGUUGAGGAACAGUACCAAAACAUCGCUGAAGCUGAAGAAGCGCUGGUUCCUGCUUACCCACAAUUCCCUGGACUACUAUAAGAGCUCAGAACGUAACGCCCUGAAGCUGGGAACACUGGUGCUGAACAGUCUCUGCUCAGUGAUUCAGCCAGAUGAAAAGGUCUUCAAAGACACUGGCUACUGGAACGUGAUCGUGCACGGCAGAAAACACUCGUACCAUCUCUACUGUAAGCUGCUGAAUGAGGCCACACGUUGGGCCAUCGCCAUCCAGAACGUCAUUGACACAAAAGCUCCCAUUGACACGCCGACCCAGCAGCUGAUCCAGGACAUCAAGGAGAACUGUCUGAACUCUGAGGUUGUUGAGCAGAUCUACAAGAGGAACCCCAUCCUCCGCUACAGUCACCACCCACUGCACUCACCACUGCUGCCACUUCCCUAUGGAGACAUCCACAUCACCGCUCUGAGACACAGAAGCUACACGACACUGCAGGACGAAGCCCUCAAAAGUUUCAGCUCUCUGCAGCACCUGGAGGGCGUGGCAGACCCGGUGCUCAUCAUCCAGGGCAUCCUGCAGACCGGCCAGGAACUCAAACCGCUGCGGGAUGAGCUCUACUGCCAGCUGAUCAAACAGACGACGCGACCGCCGCAGCCUGGCAGCCCCGGGAACCUCUGCAGCUGGAGGAUCCUGGCCUGCAUGUCCUGCACCUUUAUCCCAACCAGGAGCAUCCUCAGAUACCUUAAGUUCCACCUGAAGAGGACUCGAGAGCUCUUCCCCGGCUCAGAGAUGGACCGUUACGCCGCCUUCUCACUCGACUCCCUAAAGAAGACUCGAGCCAGGGAGAACGUCCCAUCGCAGGAGGAGAUCCGCUCCAUCGUGGCUCGGCAGGACAUGAGCACCACCGUUCACUGCCACGGAGGAGGCUCCUGCAAGAUCACCAUCAACUCACACACAACAGCUGGAGAGGUGGUGGAGAAGCUGAUCCGAGGCCUGGCUAUGGAGGACAGCAGGAACAUGUUUGCUCUGUUUGAACACAAUGACAGCACAGAGAAAGCCAUCGAGAGCCGAACAGUGGUGGCCGACGUGCUCGCCAAGUUUGAAAAACUUUCAGCCAGCCCGGACGAACACAACACUGGCUGGAAGUUUUACUUCAAGCUGUACUGCUUCUUAGACUCAGAGAAUGUUCCCAAAGACAGCGUGGAGUUCGCCUUCAUGUUUGAACAGGCCCAUGAAGCAGUGAUCCGUGGUCAGUAUCCGGGUCCUGAGGAGACUCUUCAGUUCCUGGCUGCUCUCAGACUUCAGUACCUCCAGGGCGACCACAGCUCCCAGGCCAAUGUCCCCGAAAUGUCCCAGGUGUUCCCCAUGGUGCGAUUGCGGGCCCGGGUGCAAAACUCAGCCAAGACGUUUGCCCCAGGUACCGGCUCGGUGGCGGAGCGCUCGGGGACGUCGGAGAGGAAGCGCUCAAGCUUCCUGGAGGGAACGCUGAGACGGAGCUUCAGGAGCGGCUCGCUGAGUCGACAGAAGCUGGAGGAGGAGAACAGCCUGGAGGCGUGGAUGAGGGAGGAGGCGGCGGCGGUGAGGACCAGCGUGAUGGACAAGUGGAAGAAGCUGCAGGGGAUGAACCAGGAGCAGGCCAUGGUCAAAUACAUGGCCGUGGUGAAGGAGUGGCAGGGGUACGGAUCCACGCUGUUCAACGUGGAGUCUCGAGACGGAGCGUUCCCCUCUGAGCUGUGGUUGGGCGUGAGCCGGGAGGCCAUAUCUGUGUACAAACGAGGGGAGCCGUGGCCUCUGGAGGUUUUCCCCUACGAACAGAUUCUCUCCUUCGGAGCUCCACUAGCCAACGCCUACAAGAUUGCAGUGGAGGGCCGAGAGCUGGUCUUUGAAACGCAAAUGGUGAUGGACAUUGCCAAGCUGAUGAAGGCCUACAUCAGCAUGAUCGUGAAGAAGCGCUACAGCAACUGUCAAUCCGUCAGCAGCCACGGCAGCCAGUGCAGCGCCUGGUGAACUUCAACCUUUAAACCUUAAUGGCCACUUGCCAGAGUGCCGCAGAGGGUGGAGUGUGGCCGCCGCCGCCGCCGCCAGCCGUGCAUGGACGCCCGUCCUCUGCGCUCUGGAGGGAGCAGCUCGUACAUUUGACAUGUCGGACUGACUCUGUGAAUGCUGGAGACAAACCACAAUGCUCUUAAUGAACUCUUUUUGUCUGGUUUCAUUCCAAAACAUGAAAACAUCCACAGCUGAUGUUUUUUGAGUUUGACCCGGAGACGGAGUUAAAAUUGUUCAAACAGACCACGAGAAACAAUCUGAAACUCUUAAGAUCAUCGUGAAAAUAAGACAUUUGAUAGAAAGCAGGUUCCCAAGCUUAAAAAGUCAAGAAAUAAAACUUCCAAUCAAUCAGAAGAGUGCAGAAAGGAAACAUGCUCAGUUUAAUUUUAAGUUUCAAUUUCAAUACAAUUUCUUUAGUUGCCAACUUUUCAAAACUUUCGAAACUCCAACAAACCUGUAAAUUAUUAUACAGGAAAAAAAUAUAAACAUUCUUAUUUGUAAGUUAACUUUGCUUUUAUUAAUCAAUUUGCCUCUUAAAGCUAUUGAGGGCACAAGAACCUUGGAUCUAAGGUUUAAUACAUUUGAUGAUUACUGAAUCAUCAAAGUUUACACAAUGAAACUGUUAUCCCUUGAAAUGUAUUAAAGAGAAUCCAGAAGUGUAUCCAUGUAGCCUUUUCCAAUAUCUAAAUAAAACCGUUUAUGCAUUCAAGUCAAUCAGCAAGAACAAACUAAAUAAAGGCCACCGAGUUAUUUGAGGAAACAAAUCAUUAGACAACAAAUUCAAUGUCCACUGUUUGUCAAACCAAAGAAAACCAGCAGUAGUUUAUAACAACCUUAUUUUUUAACAUCUCAUUUUCUCUAUUGGUGAGGAUGUCUCUUGUAUUGGAAUAAAUAUUCAUUCGUUCAUUUCAAAAGUGCUGUGGCACUGCAGGGACUGUUGUUGCAGGACAGGGUUGCUUGUUACUGACAUUUCUGUUCGUAUUGCCGUGUGUGUCUGUGUGUGUGUGUGUCUGUGUGUGAAUGUAUGCGAGUUUUAUGAGGUGUGUCUACAUGUUCGAAUGUAAAAAAAGAAAAAGAAAGGAGAAGCAGAGGAGGUAAAGAAACAGUAAAUAGUUAAAGCCUACAGGUCUUUUUCCUCUGCUUUGAAAAACUCUGGGACUUGACCUUCUAUACAAACUUUGUCCAGGAUGAUCUGUUCACUGUAAAUAAUAUGCAACUGUACUUGUCUUAAGCAUUUCAAGUUUGUAAUUGAUUGUCGUGAUUGAUUUGCUGAUGAUUUUCAAAAGGUCACACAAGUGCCUGUACAAACUAAAGCAGGACAAAGUGACUGUUGUAUCGAUGCCACUCUGUGUUCCUGUGUAACCAGAGUCUGGAAGGUGCUCCCAUGUUCCCUUUAACUACCAAUGUACUUUUACACUGCAGAGCCAGUCCAGCUGUGCAGGUCAUUCAGGCCAAAUCCUCCUCUUAGAACAAAUUUAUUCAUUUCUCAAAGAUGGCGGCAUAUGUAAAAAAAAAAUAAUUUUUAAAUAAUGCAUCUUUAGUGCAUUAACUCAACACUGUUCUGUGUCCCAGAAAAGCAGUAAUUUUAUUACAUUUGCGCCCCAAAUUAACACAAAACUGAAGAUUGACCUCUGCCUGUGUGUGAAUACUUUUUGCACUUCAUUUUCAGGUCCUUAAACUUUACAUUUAGACCAGUGGCAAUUGUAGAUCAGUUGAAAUGUUAGGGCAGACUGGGGCCAUAUGCAGUUUCAAGGGUUACAAACUGCAAAAGAAUUAAGGCUCAUUUUUACCUGAUUGUUGCAACACUUUAGUUUAAGUAUUUGCAACAAGUAUUUCAUCCCUAAAAGGUUUCUUAAAUGCUAAUGCAGUCAAUCACAAUACAAAAUUGCAUAUACUAAAUAUAGCAUUUUAAAAGCUUGUUAGUAAACCUUUUUCAUUCAGCCACUAAACAUAUGGUUACAUUGUAACCUCGGCUCUCUGAGUGACAUGGUUGCAGCACAAAUAUCUCCUUUACACUACAGCAGCCUCCAGUCAUCUAUCACAUUCUUACACGUUUGGAGGGAAAUUAGUAAUUAUUCUUCCCUAUUGACCACAGAUGGUCUUCUGUUCUGUUGUACAUUAUCUCUUUUCCACAUCAGCACUUACUAAUGCAGAAAAUCUGACCAAAAGCCAGAAAUUGUCUUUUUUAUCGAAUCCUGCAGAUGUAGCACUAGUAAAGUUUACUAUAUAAGGCUUUAAAACAUUACGCAAUGUCUCUUUAAGUAACUCGGACUGCAAUGAUUGAUUAGAAACAAGGGAUGUAUUUUAGUUUGGAUGACAUGCUCAGUGGGACUGGUGACAGUGUAACAUUCCUACAACAACAUUUCAUUGGAGCUCCGCGGGCGGCAGAUCCAUCCAAAGACGCGUGUGCAGGUUUCUUCCACAGUGCCUUGUUGUAUAUUGUGUACACUUUUGUUUUCCGUGUGUGUGUUUUUUUGUAUAAUGUGCAAUGUUAUUAAUGUGUAUAUGUAUAUAUAUAUAUAUAUAUGUAUGCAUAUAUAUGUAUAUAUAUAUAUAUAUAUAUAUGUGUGUGUGUGUGUAUAUAUAUAUAUAUAUAUAUGAUAUAAUCAUGUGGCUGUACAUUUUUUACUGCAAGUCUUUGCCUUCUAUUUUUGCUCCCGAAUGAUGACUAAAUGGUAAUCAAGUCAAGAUAAAAAUCUUGUAUUUUUCUCUACACAACCAUCCGACUGACAGUGGAUCUUUGACACAGUACUGGUAUCUUGUUUUGUUUUUUAAAAUCUGUAUUAGCUGUGUUAUGUAUUAAAAGGAUUAUUCUAACAAUAAAAGAUUACAUAUUUGGUCUGAA